CGGGGUACAGGAUUUACGCGUCCUGGUUUAUAACUGGAUAUAUUCCAGUCAAAGGCGUGUUUGUUUGCUGAACUAUUUCACAAUUUGGUUUGAUUUAUUUUUUUCUGCUAUUUCUCUUUUGUUUUUGCUACUGAAACAGAAAAGCCGAACUUUGAAUGCGGAAAGAAGACCGUCUAACCGUCCUCAGACCCGCAUAUAGACCCAGAAUGCCCGUUUUAUCGAGCCCCGACAUGGCCAACAAGUUUAAGGAGAAAUGGCUGGCUGCGUUCCCGGAGGAUCAGGCCACCGGGUCCGACUCUGCCCCCCUGGAUGACAGUCUGACCAGCCUCCACUGGCUGCAGAAUUUCUCCAUCCUCAACGCGGACCCGGAGCGACUGGUCGGUCCCGUCCCGGAGUGCCCGUCCUCCCAGCACCACUUCCUCAAACGCCUCGGCUUCCCUAGAGCCGGGACAGACUCACCAUCCAGCCCACCGGCCGGGGAUACAGCCGCCGCCGGGAUGCCGCUGUACCCCGGCAGCCCCGUUACAUCUGGCAGUGAAACCACCGCUGCACCGCCGCGGUUCUCCAUCUGCGCGCACCCCGUACCGGGCUACCCGCAGAUCCCGGUUCACGCGAACCCGCCGGUGGAGGUGGACUACAAAACAAACCCUAAGGUCAAACCUCCCUAUUCCUACGCGUCUCUCAUCUGCAUGGCCAUGCAGGCCAGCAAACAGCCCAAAGUGACUCUGUCCACCAUUUAUAACUGGAUAACGGAGAAUUUCUGCUACUACAGACACGCAGAGCCCAGCUGGCAGAAUUCGAUUCGUCACAACCUGUCCCUCAACAAGUGUUUCAAGAAGGUCCCCAGAAAGAAAGACGAGCCUGGGAAGGGAGGCUUCUGGCAGAUUGAUCCUCAGUACGCGGACAUGUUCGUCAACGGCAUCUUUAAGCGCAGGAGGAUGUCCGCCAACCACUACAGCAGCAGCAGUGCCACACAAAGACAGAAUAAGCUGCUUCAGGGUUUUCACAGCACCCAGAACACCUGUCCCUAUCAGAUGGUGGGCGGUAAACGGAAGCACCUGCCCUCUAAAGAACACAGCAAGGUGAUGAGGUCUACAGAGUCCCCUCUUUUAGCCAUGGAAGCUAACAAAGCAGACAUCCUGAAGGGGGACUUUGACCUGGCAUCCGUGUUUGAUGAUGUUCUCGGUGGCAGCUGUAGCACAUUUGAGGAUUUAGAUAUCAACUCGGCGCUGAGCUCCCUGGGCUGUGAGAUGGAGGUCUCCAUGCACGGGAGGCAGCACUCGACAGGCAUGGGGAGGUGGUGUGGGUCCGGAGACAUGAACCACUAUCAGUCCUACAGUUACCUGGACCUGAGCGGUGCUUCCACGGAGAGCUCCAUGAACAUGGGAGAACUCAGUGUGCCUCACAUUCAGCAGCCGCUGCAGAGGCAGCAGCAGCUGGAGCAAGAUCAGCUGCUGCUGGGACAUCAUCAUCUGCAACAUUUUGACGAACCUGCAACGCUUUUCGCCGAGCAGCCAGGAGAGGCUGUGCUGCAGCCGUGGGAGGAGAUUAAAGAGGAGCCGCAGGUCAUUCCCUUGAGUCUGGAUCAGGGUUUUGGUCUUUAUGAGGGCUUCUUCACAGAGAUGCAGCAAUGGGAGCGAGUGGAGAGCUAUCUGUGAAUUCAGACGCAUAUGGACUACAUUCAUCAUGAUAGAAUCAUCUAGAUGAGCCUACCUGCUGGUUGGCUGAAUAUAAUGAACUGAAAUGUAACCGAGCUGCAGGUCUAAUCUCCUCUAAUCCUUUCUAGCAUUCAUUGCAUUAUUUAUUUACACUGAUGAGUCAUAACAUUAUGAAUACCAACGUAAUUGAGAGGGUCCUCAUUUUACUAGCUCUGAAUGGUCUUAGGUCUUAGAAAAACAUAAAACAUAUGUGCUUAGAUUGUGGCAUCUGUCAGUCUUUGACCCUUCUUCACUGUAGGCACAGUUUGUCUGGGUUGGGUGCCAGAUCCCAUCAGAUUGGGUUUUAAGGAAUAAACUCAUCAAGCUUCUUCUUCUAGCAUCUGUAGUUGAUGGUCUGCGACCCAAUUGAGUUCCUUUUGGUCAUUUAUCCACUAGUAGCUCCAUUUCGUGCCUCUCCACUUUCGACAUUUUUUGGUGCAACCCUCUUCUGGGUUGUUCUUUAUCAACCGUGUCGGUUAGUGUCCACCAGGGGGCGUUUGGGACUAGCUUUGGAAACCAACAUUUUAAAGUAAUUUUCUAUAAUCUGCUUAUAGUAUACUGUAAAGACAUGUGGUUAUAUGACUCCACGGAAAAAUUUUAACCAGUAGUGGGCCACUUAGAAGGAUGCUGUUUGCAUCUGGGAUCAUACAUUUGUGCUCUGUCAUACGUCAAAAAUAAACUCAAUUUGUAUCUCCACUCUCUAUCAUGCCGCAGCGCCAUGGAGCCAUUGGCUAGAAUAGCUUCUAUUUGCAACGAAGAGCUAAAUGGACGGUUAGAGUGGCAUUGGGUCUUAAAGUGGUGCUGAGAGUUUGAUCCUUUAUACUGUUGUACAAAACCUCGUCGGGUGGUAGGAACUGAACAGUGGUUGGUAUGAAAUGUUCAGUGGCAAUCAGCCACUAUUCGAUAAUACUACUUGAUAAAGUUGGGAAUCAAAGGGCCAAAGCUAGAAAAUAGCCCGACUUAAGCCCUGGUACUGUAGGAGAGGGUUGGUGUCAUAUGGGACAGCUGGUUGGUCUGCAAAAGCAUUGAGGAAAAUGAGGUGUUAAAGUAACAUCCCCAUGAAUGAGGCAUAAGGUUCUCUUGGAAGGAGAUGAUCAGUGUUCCUCAUUCUAUUUCUGCUGUUGGACCAUAAUAUCAUGGCUGAUCUGUUCAUUUUUUUAUACAAAUAUGACGGAGUGUAAUGUGACUUUUGGAGCAAAAUGUGAUUCUUUCUCAUUGGUUUAAGGUAGCUGGACAGAAAACAUAUCAGUCAGUGAAAUGAUGAUCCGAAAGAUCUUAACCUAAACCCGUUUUGUUCUGGAGAAUCCAUCGAGGAGUAAAAAUGGAAAUGAAGUGGCUGUGUACACAAACUGUGAUGAAUACCACCUCUUUGGAGGUGGAAGAUCUGAAGCAGAAAUAUGAAGGACCUAAUUGUUCUGAGGAUCCUUGCUGCUCUGGAGUCUUUGGUCAUCACACCUACAGGACUGAAGCACAACGAUCCUCUAUCACAGGACUCUCCAGAGAGGGGUUCUGUCUCUGAAAAACUGACAAGGCAUACAGGAUGUUAUUGUGCUACAUUAGCAUGAACCUUUUUUACUAACGUGCAGAGAAACUGUCCUGUUUAUGUUUGAUGUUUCAUGAUGAAAGAUGAAGCUAAAUGGAGAUGUAUAAACUUUACAUGUAAUAAGAAUUUAGAAAUCAGUCAUCAGUCACACUAUGAUAAUAUGCCUGAUUUAAUAUAUAUUCACUAAAGUAUAUAACAUGAAGCUAGGCAGGAUGAUUCACUAUCUGUCCUCUGAUAUGUAUUGCAAACCAGAAGAAAGUCAUGAAAUCCAAAAUAUGCACUUUUAAUAGACAGUUUGAGAAGAUCUAGGCUGGUUUUUAUCAGGAUGUUUUAAAUUUAGUAUGUUUUUGUGUUAAAUUUGUUUUAGUGACUCUUAUAAAAAGGAAGCAGGUCAUGUUGUAGCGACUAUGUUCUCUUCUAGGACACUGAUCACACUGCAAUAACUCAAACUAGCUAGUUCUAGUAUGCUCACAUCUAAGCUGUGUUUUUUUUUAUAAAUAUUUGUAAAAGUGGGUAUUUGUUGUUGAUUUUACGCCAAAUCUGUUGAUGAAGAAUAUGCAGUUUGCUUUUUCUUUACUAAUUAAUCAGAAAAGGAUUUGCUUUUAUAAUUGGCUGGCAGAUCUUUUUCAUCAUUGCUGAUUAUUUUUGUGUGUAACUAGUUUUAUUUCUAUUAUUUGUUCUCACAAAUCUGAUCAGAAACUAGGCUAAUGGUUUAGGGAAUGAGUUUGCUAUUAACAAGCCAGACUUUGUCAUCAUAAUAAGAUUAAUUAUUGUUGGUCGACUCUGUGUUCAUUUGUACUUUUUUAAGCAGUUUGGGAAUCCAAUCAUGCCUUAAUGCAAUAAAUGGUGUCAAUUCAA